UCCCUCGGACACAGUGGAUCAUCGAUCAAUGGAAAGAGCCGAAGAUGCCGGCUCGGUCAUGUGAUUAGCUGUGUCCAAUCACAGCUGAUCGCAUGGGACAUGUACACUGAUCAUCAGGGCACUGAUGAUCAGUGUGCCCUGAUGAUCAGUGUAGCCCUAGCAGUGCCACCUGCCACUGCUCAUCAGUGCCACAUCAAUGCCACAUAUCAGUGCCUACCAGUGCACAUCAAUGCCCCAUAUCAGUGCCCAUCUGAGUUGCCUUUCAGUGUCACCUAUCAGUGCCAGUCAGUGCUACCUAUCAAUGCCAGUCAGUGCCACCUAUCAGUGCUGCCAGUCAGUGCCACCUAUCGGUGCCAGUCAGUGCCACCUAUCGGUGCCCAUCAG